CAUAGGCAGCGAACGUAAAAUAAAUUUUAAUACAUACACAAAAAUCUUAACGCCUCCGUUGGUAACAAAAAUGGAUGGAAUGGAAUCAGAAUAUCAACCUAAACCGAGUCCAAUAAGAGCUUUUCAAGUUCUGCAUGCAAGUUCUCAAGAGGCUGAAGAAGCGAACACAAGCCUCUCGGAUUAUCACGAUUAUGAACCGAGGUUGGAGUUCGAUGAUUCAGAGCUGAUGGCCGCUUCUACAUACCUGACUACUCUGCCACCUGAUACAGAAGAUUAUCUAAAACGAUCAACUAGCGAUGGUACUAUUGAAGAAAACUUUGAGGAUGCUCUUGCAGGAGCAACGGAAGUAUACACUGAGAUCGCUGAUUCAUCACUGGACUAUGACUGCUUUGCUGAACUUGCGGAAACAGGCUUUGUGGAAGUUGUCGGCGACGAUGAGAUUGGUCGCCGCAUCAUCAUAAUAUCAGCGUGUCAUAUGCCACCCAGUAAGGACGUUCACCCAGAUAUCUUAUUGAGAUACAUUACAUCAACUUUGGACAAAUUUGUGAAACAAGACUAUAGUGUUGUGUAUCUUCAUUAUGGACUAACUAGUAAAAAUAAACCUCCUCUUUCGUGGCUGUGGAAAGCUUAUAAAGCUUUCGACAGGAAUUUCAAAAAGAAUCUCAAGGCACUUUACUUAGUGCAUCCAACGAACUUAAUUCGAAUCGUAUGGCAAAUGCUAAGACCAGCUAUAAGUGUUAAAUUCGGAAAAAAAGUAAUGUACGUUAAUUAUUUACAUGAACUACAGCAACACUUGGAUCUUGACAAACUGUGCAUUCCUGAACAAGUGCUUGAGUACGAUAAGGUGCUGCUAUCUAAAAACCCAAGGGCUGCUGCUAUGGCAAGACAAAUGGGGCAGACUUCACUAAAUUCAUCAAAUACAAACCCAGCAAUGAAUCCCGAAAGCCUAUCCCCGCCCGCCACGCAACAGUUCGGCGUUUCGCUGCAGUUCAUCAAAGAAAACAACGUCAACAUGAUUGACUCCGUACCACCCGUAAUCAGACAGUGUGUCGAUUAUUUGUCGCAACCUGAAGCCCUGGAGACUGAAGGGAUAUUCCGGAGGUCAGCGAACAUUACGGUGAUCAAGGAACUGCAGAGAGCGUGCAACAAGGGCGAGCCAAUAUCGUUCAGAGAUGACCCGCACAAUGCUGCGGUGCUCAUGAAGACCUUCCUCAGAGAUUUGGAAGAGCCAUUGCUGACUUUUGAACUGUUCGAUGACAUAUUAAAAUUUCAGACUUGGUCGAACAGUGAGAAACCUCAAAAGGUUAAGUUGCUAAUUUUGGAAAGGCUGCCACUGGAUAAUUAUCGAUUGCUGAAAUACAUAUUUCAAUUCUUACAUAAGGUGCAGGACAGGAGCUGUGUCAACAAAAUGACAUGCAGCAACCUAGCUGUCGUUUUCGGUCCAAACCUGGCCUGGCCAGCUGUCGGGCAAAUGACACUGCAUAUGAUUGCACCAGUUAAUGCUUUCACAGAUUUUAUCCUUGAAAAUCAGAAAACCAUAUUUUUUAUAUAAACACUUAAAUAACUGUUAUGCAGGAAGACUUUUUGAUUAUGUCCAAAUAAUAAGAAGACCUUUGGCGAAAAUUACAAAACAUGCCAUUUCGUUUGAUGUCAAUCAGUAGUAAUAUAUUGAGAUAUUUGUUACUACGUAUAAUUUAUGUUUCAAAAACACUGCCAUACGCUGUGUUUUUUUCCAUUUCCAGUAUGUUUACGAAUGUAUUAUAGUCAACUUUCUAUAUAUACAUUUGUCACAUACAAAAAUUAUUUGGCUACUUUACACAAUAAUCAAUAUACCACGGGCAUGGUAGAACAACACGAAGUCUACCUGAAAUCCUCAUCUACAUUCUCGGUAGCUGGAGAACGUCAAGAAUGUUCGACGUACAACAAGCGGCAAGUCACCGACACAAGUGGCAAGCGGCCCAGCAAGAAAGAUACCGUUAUUUCUCUUUCUCUUUUUGCUCAGCUCCUUAGGGUCGUAGCAUUAUGUUGAAUAGUCUAUAACCUAAUGAAGCUUUAAGCAAUACGAAAUAUUUCGUAGUACAGGGACUACACUGAGAAACCUCACUGUAUUAAAUACUCUUUCGGGAUAAAAACAUUGCCGUAACUUAUUUAAAAAAAAUACUUAAUGCCUAGAAAAAGAUUUGGACAUCGAUUAAAAAGUCUUCCUCUAUAAAAAUAAAUUAUUAUUUAUUGAUUUGGGAAUGGCCAACCUCUGGCUCCAAUACGUGCUAUAUGCAAGUAGGGACAUUGCCAUGACAACAUAAUAUGUAUGACAAAAUUUGAGAAGAGAUUUAAGGGUUUAUUUAAAGUUUCUAUGACGUGAAUAGGGAAAAUUAUACGGGUUUUUUUUUUCUUAUAUUAACUCGUCUUCGUACAUUAGCAAAUUUGGGGAUAUUUAUUAGUUACUUUAACUAUUGGUAUUGAAUUUUCUAAUAACCAUUUGGAAUUUUUAUCAAUAACAUAGUGGCAGAGUAAAUAUCACCAAGUUUCUUCUACAAAUGUGUUUCUGCGAGUCAUAAUAGAGUUAACUAUAAAAAUUUAGUGUUAUGUUUCAUUAAAAUACAUAGGAAGGUGUGAAACAUAGUCCUUGAUGAAUCUCCGUCUAUUAUCCAUAAACUACUUUCAGAUAAGUGGAUUUCUAUAAACAUUAUUUCGAUUUUAUCAAAUUAAAGAGUUCCCGUUUGCAUUCCUUCACCGCCUCGUGAUCCCUGUUAUCGAUUAACCUAUAGACGAAUCACGGUGUCUGUACAGAGACCUCAUUAACUGAAAAUGUGAUGAAUGGAAAGAAAAGAAAAAUACAAUCAAAUAUUUAAAUAAUAACUAAAAGGUUCGCAGAAACACUUUUAGGUAGACAGCAAAUAUUUGUUUAUGGGCACGAAUGGCCGCCAUGGUUUGUCAUUUUUAUCUUAAGAGAAUGAUUUUUUUUACUCUGUAAAGAAAGUUGAAUGCCAAAUACGUUAAUAUACAAAUUACGAAAUUUUACCUGAGAGAAUAAGUGCAAAUAUAUAUUAAUUGUUUUUUUUUAAUUAUUAUUAUUAUAAUUAGUUCAUAAUUACUGUGCUGCACUUGAAAUUACUAAAACACAAACGCUAUACGAAUGCAAACAUUGCUAGUGCCUAAGUAAGUACUGCAUGCUUCGUGUGCAUCUGUCAAAGCAACAAUUAUUCACUAUUCGAGAUUUGAUCAUGUAGAAUGUUAGAUUUUAAUGAUAUAUAUAUAUCUAUUUGUGUCUAAGUGUCAAUUAAUCUUAAGAGUCUUAUUGUCUAUAUUUGUCUAUUGAUGUAACAUACAGGAUGUUUAAUAAGUUGGUCCGCAUUAUAAAAUUUCUGUAACUUUGAUACUUACUUUCUGAGCAUUAUACAAAGACCAGUUCUUACAGUAUUUAACGAGAAACACCUGAAACUUUUGAACCUUUUAAUCCAGUUAAAGAAACGUAUACUACAAAUUACCUUCGAAUGCUAAUAUUUAUUUCUUUUUACAUGUUAAUUAACAACAAUUCAACGUUUAUUACUACCAUUCUGCACCUAUCCCUAAGCCUCCAAUCAUACUUACUUCAUAUACUGACUGAGUAGUUUCGAUACUAGAAAUUUAAAACAUAGUGAAAGUAAGGUGAAAACUAUCUAUUUUUUGACUUACAAAACAUCCUGUAGAUUUAAAAUAGUACCUAUAUAAAGUUUAAUAAAUGUUAUAAUGUUCUAUAAAAUAUACUUUGUAAAUAUGUAUUUUUUUUCUAAAGGAUUAUUUGCAAACAUGUGUUGCACACUGUCGUGAUACUUCGAAUACUAUUAAUGUAAGACUUUUUCUGUAAAUGUUUACAAAGCCAAAUAUUUUCCACGACUUUAUAUAUCCACGAGUUAAUAAUAUGGAUAUUACUUCAAUGAUUCAUUCCAUUCGAACGGUUUAAACGUACAUUAUUUUCUUUAACAGAACUUAAAAAAUAUAACUUAAGUUCGUUACCACAGGCCAUUUUGGUAACUAUAUGAAAAUAAAUAAUUAUAUAUUAUUGACCCUCAGAACCAAUUUGCAACCUUUCGACCGCUUUCAGAAAACGAACUACAGUAUAUAGCGAAGAUGUCGUACAGGCAUAAAAGGAAAACAUAAAAGACUGCAGAAUUAAUGUGUCUCAUAUUAAAAAAAGGCUUAUUUAAUAUCUGUUUUAAAGAUUUUAUAGAAAUUUUUAAAUUAAAUGUACCUAAGUUUCUUACUUUGCACUCAGAAUAUGACUAUAUUUCUUAAUAUUGUUUUUAUUUUAAUAAGAACCAAACAGUAUUCUUAUUUUCUCACAAUAAUGAUUUUGCAGACCAAUAGAAUAUUGGUCGGGUCACGCUUGCCAGACGUGUUUGUGAUCGCAGUAGAUAGCUGAUCUACCGCCAGCAUGCAGCAGAUAAUGACGAACUUGUUUAGGGCGGCGCAAUAUUCAUAUUAUUUACCCGUAUAUACAAGGCUGUUUAUGAAGGUGGUACUAGUAAACUACCCGUAAAGGUAUCACUAACGAUCUAGAGAAUCGGUAUUAAUGACAGGACCAUCAUCGUUUUGCUUAAUGUAAACACAGCUGAUAAUAUGGUUUGUCACUGCAUAACUUUGCAUAGUUAUAUAUCUAAAAGUAUUAUUUAUCGGCUCUAAUACCCCCUUUCCAACUAGCCUUGUAUAUUAUAUAAUAUUUUAUUGGCAUACUCUUUAAUAGAUUAUACACAAACAUAGAAAAUUAGGUACCUACUUGGAAAAUUGGAACGUACACUUUGCAAUUUUUCCUUUCGUUUGUAUUUUUAGGUAAUAGCUUUAAUAUAAAUAUAUUAAUGUUCACUCAGAAUACGAUUCAAAUAAAAAUCACAUGGGUACUGGGUACGCAUUUAAAUAAAUUUUAAGUGAACUAACUAACUAGAAACUGUUUGACGACAUCAAAUACUACGAAUAAAAACUAAAAGUAACUAACAUUUUGACUAAAAUAACACUAACAAAAUAAUCAUUAUAAAAAUAAAAUUCGGUAGAGACUAAAUAAAUCACAACUGCUUUUAUUUAAAACAUAUCACAACAUAAAAACAUUAUCAAAUGUUUUAAUUGAUUACCACAAUUUUUUAUUAAUCCUUACAGUUGCUUGGCCUAUAAUACAACAGGUGGGUAAUGAUACAAAAAUUUCUACACCUAUUCGUUCACACACCCCGAGGUUUUUAUCUUAUGUCCAUACUAUCCGGAGUUGACCCUGGAGAAUACUAGAAGAGAUGGUUCAUGGAAAACAAGUUUUCUGUUUUACCGCUUUCUUAUUUUAUUUCUGAGCUUAUGUGGUUCCCUACUCUAUUGCUAAAGGAAUACUUUCAUGGUAGUUAUAUUCUAAAUACAUAUUUUUAAAAAUAAGAAAAGUUUAAAUAUCUUAAUGUUAGAAAUGGUGUUAGGCUAAUGAUAGAACGGCACCUCACCAGAUGCCAUGCCUACCGAGUUAAAAUUAAUCGUAGCGUUUUACCAUAAACAAACGAGCCUUUGCGGCGCGUUUCUGGGUACUUAGUGUGAUAUUUUCUACCUAAAGUAGUAAAAGUAAGUGAAAGUUUACUACGAUUAGUAUGGAAACCAAAGAGCGCCAUCUAGUAAGAGCACCUAGUGUUGUAACUAGAUCUAAAUAAAAUAAAUCUCACACUAAGUACACUGAUGGUGAAGGUUGAACACACCUGACCCUUCAUAAAUGCACUUGGGCACCGAACACGUAAGGCGUUUACACGUAGUGUAGGGUGGGGUGUUGCUUAGGUUUUAAAAGAUAUUUACUUACAUGUUUACCAAAUUUAACCAAGGGAUGAUUUUAAUAUAUAUAUGUGUUUGAUGUAUUAGAUUAGUGUGGCGUAAAUAGUGUUGAUAUUUCCCAUAGCUGGAAAUAAAUUUCUAGUACACGGGCGAAUUGUGUAUCGGCUACAUUCUAUCUCAUUUAGUAUUUAUGUGGAUGGGCUCAUAGAACAUACGGGACAGCAAUGAGAGCGAUGUUUUGAACGAAAUGGGUAUGAAAUGUAAUUAUGGCAAAACAAUCAAUUAAUUAAAAAAAACCUAAAUUCUCUUUUGUGAAGGUUCAACUCGAUCGCAUUUAUUAAUAUAUAAAACGACAACGACUUCGCUAACAUACUUAUACUUUUAUUGAUUGCGCUCGUUUAGCUUUGAUUCUAUUUGUAAAAUAAUACUCAACCUUUACUCUUACCGCAUCAAGUAGUAACUGUGCUGUCAGGAUUUAUUUUUGCUCCUAUGUUAACGUAUUCUCAGUUUACUUAUUUUUUAUAUAAACAUUGAAGUAAAUAAAUGUUGCAGUUCUUUUGGCAAAUAAAAAAAUAUUAAAUACCACAACUUUUUUGCCCAUUCCCUGUUCCCGAUUACUCCCGAUUCCCGAUUAUACUUAAAUUAAAAACUACACCAGAAUUAUUAGUUCGAGUAUUAACUAUUCCAUCUAAGUCUAGCUAUUAAUGAUUAUAGUUUUAUAUGUUAGAAAAAUUACAAAAUGUUUUACGACUACAUAUAUGUUACAUUAAAUGGAUAUUAAAUGUAAUUUAAUGUUUAAAUUUUAUAUAUAGAGUCUAUCUGAUUUAACGCCAUUUACAUAUAUAUCUAUCACACUACAUACUUAAGACAUUAGCAAAGAUUAAAUACUUAAAGCAGGGAACACUUCAAACUUUUAUAGAUAUUGGUGCCAAUUCUUUUGUAAAUGAUUCUCUAAAUUAAACGAUAUGACUUAAAGGAAGUCUUAAAUAGUGCUAUCUUUCUUCUUCUGGGUGUGUGCGUUGUUUUUCCCAGAUGUUUUGGGUAGUUAUAUUCUUAAUUAUAUUGUAUGUAUUUUUAUUUCGUUUAAUUUAAACAUAUUGUACACCUUUUGUAGUCGUACCUUUCAUAUUCUUAUGUCUUUUUACGCUUUUAGUUGCCUGGAAUAGAUCGCUAUGUAUCAACAAGGCCAACAAAUUGUACCCUCUAUCUAACUUGCUCUGUGUAUUUUAUUAUAUAUAUUUUUUAUUGUUUCGUUCAUUCACACCUUUAUUCAUCCUUAUCCAGCAGAUACAGCAAAACUCUUGGACCUUUCAAUUUAGUUUAGAGAUUUGUGUUUAACAGUAUCGACAACAUCGUAUUCGUUAGAUAAAAUGUAGGUAUCAGGUGCUUCAGAAAUUAGUUAAAACUCUUAGACCAAUACUUGCGUAAAUCUAGUAUCCUAACACUAAAUUUUCCACUUUUUUAAGUAAGUUUACUAGUGGUUUAAGGCAUCACGUUAUAAUUAUAUUUUGUCUUUAAUACUAAUAUUUAGUUUUUUGUUAUUAAAAUAAGCUAUACCUACAUAUUUAAUGACAUGGAACAACCAUCAACAAAACGUAAUUAACAGUUACAGAUAAUUGAAAAACAUGUAAAAUCCGGAAGUAGUGGGUUUAGAGUUUUUAGGAACUUCCCUUGCUGAGUCAACUUUUUCCCUUAAAACAUCUAAAGGUAAAUGAGACGUAUGCUAUUUGAUAAAUCUUAAAACUUUCCCUGACGCCCAUCCCAAACACGAUUAUUGAAUUAUAAUAAUUUAAAUUAAAUGUUUGAAACUGCACAAGAUAUAUUUAAAAUAUAGCUGAAUGUCACUUUUUCACUUGAUUUUUAUGUAGCACCUUUUAAGCACUGAGCAUUGGUAAAUGUAAGGAAUUGCGUUGCAGGAUUUGAAAACUUAUCGGAGGUACCUUUAGAGUUUGGCAGUUUUUUUUUAUAGAUAAAGGGGUUAGUCUUAUGGUUUUUGAAUCUAAAAAAAAGAAUCGUUUGAAUAGGCGGGUUCCUUAAUAAAUACUUACAACAAUCGCACUUGUAAACUGGGCUAUAUUUUUAAUGGGGGCUUAAACUCAAUAAAACUCAAUAAAAAAAUAACUAACUAUCUCUAUUUUCACAUAGAGCUAGUUAGUUGUUAUUUUCAUUAUUCUGAUCUAAUGGUGUUAAUAAUAUUAGUUCUCAGAAACAAAGGCCAGGAUUAUAAUAUUAUACGCGCCUUGUUAUGACGCACUCUUCUUGGAUUUUUAUUGUUAUCACCAUCUAUCUGUCAAUCUGCCAAUGGAACUUAAAACUACAAGUAUAGUGAGAGCAAUUCAUUCCUAAGUUUUUUUUUAUUAAUUUUACUCUUUAGGUUAUCUUUUUAAUGUGAAAGGAGAAGUAUUGUUUUGAAAUGAUAAGGUUACGUUUAAUGAAGUUGGAAGGACAUCUUUAAGAUAUAAUAUUAUUGUCACCAAAAUCAAUUGAAAAAUAGUAUCAAUGUAAAAAUAGCUGUAGUAUUUGAGGAAAAUAAAUAUUAGUAAUUAAUA